GAAAAAUCUAAAAAUAAUAAGAACAUUUAAUUUAUGUAAGAAAUUUGUAGUAAAUAACAAACAUUCUCAUAUAUUAUGCAUAACUGAACAAAAAUGGGCACACGACUAUUACAACGAUUUCUUCCAAUUAUAAACAACGCCUUCAGAAGUCAUUCUAACCUUAACCGUCAUGGAGAGAGGAUUAUAUAUGCGCCGACAAGUUUUAUUGCAGUCAGAAACUAUGCAAAAGGUAAAGAUAAAGGCAAAGAAAAGAAAGGUAAAGGCACUAAAGUAGAAAUCAAUCCGGCAAUGAUGUCAGAAGUAGUUGAUGUUAAUAAGAUUCAGGAACGAUGCAAAGCGGCUAUCGAAAAAUUAAAAGACGAUUUCGCUAAAAAUUUAUCUCUCAGAUCCACAACGGGUUCAAUCGAAUCGUUGCCAGUGAAGUUUGAAGGAAAGGAAUAUGAACUCCAAGAGCUUGCACAGAUUGUACGUAAAAAUCCUAAAACGAUAGUAAUAAACUUUUCAUCCUUCCCGCAAGUUAUACCUGAUGCUCUUAAAGCUAUAAGUAAAUCAGGUUUGAACCUGAACCCUCAGCAAGAUGGUACAACACUGUUUGUACCUGUACCGAAAGUAACAAAAGAACACAGAGAAGCAUUAGCUAAAAAUGCAAAAGCUUUGUAUAUAAAAUGUAGAGAUUCCUUGAAGGAUGUGCAGAAUGACUUUAUAAAGAAAGUAAAAAAACAGACUGGGAUUUCAGAAGAUUUAGCAUUCAAUGUCACAAAACAAAUAACAGCCAUGUGUGAUGAUUAUCAAAAUGAGGCAAAAAGCAUUUAUGAAACUAAGCAUGUUGAACUUGUUGGUAAAUAGUUUUAAGAGUAAAUGUUGCCAGUUUAGAUUUAUUUUAUUAGAUAGAUAGCAAUAACAAUACUAUUUUACUUAUUAUGAAUCAAA